AUGAAGUAGUAAGUGCAUUCGUAAUCGCGUGCGCUUACUCACGUGAGUUGUUUAGCGCAAUUUCUGCAGUGCAUUUGGUUCGGGAGGCAAGAUGUCCGAUGAGAAGAAAAUGAGGCUCCCAUGUCCCAUUAUUCCUGUCAAUGGUCCAAAUCAAGGUACAUUUGAUUACUAUAUCCUUGUGUGUGAAGAUCUUAAAUGGGAUAUCCCAGCUUGGGAUUUUCUGAAGACACCAAUUUUGGAAGCAGCAAAGGUUGAUAAAGCUGUCGGAGUUGAGACAUUGGUGUUUUCCUGUGCUCAAGACUUGCCAGUAGUCUAUGCCCCAACAGGCCCUGUUAAUAGGGAUUAUGAUGAUGUAAGACGAUACUAUGAUGCUGCAGUAAAUGGAAUUAAAAGGGCUCUAAAGGGUGGAAGCAGAUGCCCACUUCUGGUGACCAUUUCUAAAGACACAUUCCCAAAUGCAUGGUCUGUUUCACUACUUGGAGCUCUUCAUGCCCUCUA